CUCAUACAGGCCCUCACUUCCAUGCAAACACGCCAUGGAUGAUACGACUUGCAAUGAGUCGCUGGAAAUACAAGAUGAUCAGGAAAAGACUUUGUUUGUAUGCGAUACAUGCCAUCGACAGUUCUCUCGAUUUGAGCAUCUGAAGCGACAUAAUCAGACCCAUACUGAUACAAGGGCCAUCAAAUGCACCCACUGUAACAAAAGAUUCAGUCGCAAAGAUGCAGCACAACGGCAUGAAAGGUUACAUGAACGCCAAGCACCUGAAGGCGUACAGAACUCAACUGCUUCGUCACUGCGCCGAACGUGUACGCCUUGUUCUAAAUCACGCAUCAAAUGCUCAGGAGGAACACCAUGCACUCACUGCGCCGUGAAGAAAUUUGUGUGCUCUUACCUGCCCCGGAAACGACGGGAACGUCAAAUCAUGCUCAGUACCUCUGAAGGGCAGGGUUCUGCAGGUGGAAGUACGGCAUCAACUGUGCAGUCGCCUGGUACUGUAACCACGCCUGGGGCCACACUCGAUUGGCUUGAAACUUCGACGCGUCAACAAAACGUGACUUCUGUUGUUCGGGUCCAGACAAAUCUGGUACAAAAUGAUCAAUUUACCACAAACGACGGCCAAAGCUCGUCAGUGGAUAGCCAUCUUAGGCGUGAGCCUGAAAGGCCGACAAGUAUCGUUGGUGACAUCCCAGACACAUAUUCAUUACCCACAAACUGGCUACCAUUUGACGAUGUCCCACUAAACAGUUCAUUGCUGCAUAGUCUUAACAGCAUGCCCCGUCUAGCAUCUGAAGUUGAUGAUGCAUCCGCAAUUGCUCCCCAGAGCCUCGAGACGCAAACACCAUUUCCAAUUCUCCCAGGAAUACAUGAGCAAACCUUGCAGCAUGACCAUGUUUCUGCUUUGAUUGCUUCCAUGGCCUCAAACAAGCCAAGGAAAACACAAUCUUCGGGCAUUAGCGACAAUUCUGCGCUUCCCAGCACUCAAGCCACGCAUUAUUCAGAUGGAGCGGGAUUCAGGGAAAGUCGAGCAGAGAGACACAUGCGCCAACGACGCGCUGCUUAUGCUGAAGACCAUGGGCCAAGUCCGGGCCAUCAGGUGCACACAUCGUGGCUGGGUGACCUAAUUGCCAAAGUUACGGUAGCGAGCACAAGUACCGAGGCAUCCAGUGACGUUCCAGAAAGUAUCUUCGUGGAACUCAUGUCGAGAUUGGACUCACAUGCGACCAGCUCCCAUAUUCUUGCCGACUUUGCCGCGUACAAAGAAAGUCUGCUGGCGAAAAGUACCUUUCAACUAUUUAUCAGUCUCUACUUCGAACACUUUCAUCCGGUAAACCCUUUCGUUGACAGAUCACAUUUGUCUAUCCCCCUCUGGGGCUGGAGCUUGUGCCUAGCUACCGCUGCAAUUGGUUCUAAAUACUUUGGCUCCGAAGAAGUCAAUCGCUUUGGAGAUUGCUUAUACUGCAUCCUGCAUGAGCUCAUGGCAAGAGAACUCGAUUUUGUCAACUCCCAGGAGCCGUUACCUUACAUACAGGCCCGGAUCUUGGCAUCAGUUGGGCUCUGUCAAAGUCGCCAACCGGAGCUACUCAGAUGCGGAUACAACGCCUCAGCCAUGGCAGCACAAGCAUGUCUUCGGCUUCGCUUACUGAGUGAGGAUGACAAUAUCGGCUCCUAUGAGGAUGAUCAGAGUCUGGAGCAGGAGUGGAUCACUUGGCGAUUUCGAGAGACACGAAGAAGGACGGGCCUUUUCGUUUGGUUAACGAGUUGCUACUUCGCUCUGGCUUCUGAGCAUCACCCGUGCUUGUUCCCCGACCAGCCUCAAGUUAGACUUCCAUGCCGCGAGGAAUUAUGGGCGGCUGAGUCCCCGCAGGCUUGGUCUACGGCAAGGUCAGAAGUUGGAGAUGCUGAUCCAAUAGCUUUCUCCGCCGAAGAAGCCUCACGACCGACAGUGCCUGAAGUUACAGUCGAGCUUUGGCGAGACUUGAAGUCGCGGCAUUCAUCCAAUUCCUUUGCGACCAUCGUCAUCAUACACAUGCUGGUCUAUCGGAGAUGGAGCGCCAACGAAUAUUUGGCUGAUGUAAUUCAUGACAUACCACAAACGAAUCUGUCAAACAUCUAUGUACCUGGGAGAAAGUACCUUGGUUCAGUGCCCGAGUACAUUAAGUGGCGCAAUCAGUGCUGUGACUGUUUGGAUGUACUGCACUGGGAAGCACUCAGUCUAUCAGCCAAGGCAGAAGGACUUGAAGGGCCAGCACUACUGCAUCUCCAUCUAGCUCGCCUAUCACUUCUCACGCCGGUCCAAGACCUUUUUGCGAUCGCCCAUCAGAGUACUCUCUCAGGGACGGCUCACAUGACUCCGAGUAGUCUCUAUCGUCACGGCACUUCCAAGCUAGAUCCAAGACAAACUAUCAAGAUCUGGGCGACUCAAGAUCGAUAUAAAGCUCGCCUCGCAGUGAUACAUGCUGGGGCUGUUCUGUGGCAUGUGAGGCGAUACUCAUCAGACUCAAUUGUGGAACCGUUUGCUCUCUUUCUUGCAGCACUGGUGCUCUGGGCCUAUGGGCAAACUUCCAACAUUCGAAAGCUUUAUGAGUCUGCAUGCAUGAGAGCGCAGUCUCCAGUGAGCGAAAACGAGGAUUCAGUGAUCUCUGCAACUACGACACAUGGUUCAGUAGAGAACCGUGCGACGCACGAUUAUAUCUCGAAGCGGCGAAUGCCCAGCACCAUGCAAUUGGACAGGCCGAUGGAUGAUGAACUUGUUCAGUACUUCAUAAGAUUUGGGGAGAGCCUACGUCUUCCACUUGAAGGAGUAGAUGACCUGUGUACAGCUGAAGGCCCGUUACAGAUACUGCAAGAGGUAUCAAGUCUACUGAUGGAACAGCACAAGCCUUGGGGUAUUUCCGAUGCUUAUGCUAGAUUUCUACGAGACCUACAAAUGCCGCAGUGGCAAAUAUAAAUGCACUAUGGACUGGGAGAGGCAUGGGCUUUAAACUCGUCAGAAUGGAGCCAACAUGAUGUAUCUAAAUUACUCAUUCAUUAUUACAUCGAAAUGAUUACUGAUAG